CUUUAACGCACACUCACCCUGUGUUUAUUUCAAACUGAACCAUACGCUGAGUCGGUUGUGUGUGCGCUUGUUCGGCGGUCGCUUACUCCCGUGAAGUGUCACUUGGCCAAGAGAGAAGUUAAAAGCGGAAAGUUUUUCAAGGUACAAAUACACACACGCAAGAAGAAAAGUGCACAAGUGUGUGAACGUGUGUGAGUGUUGUUAAAUAAACGCCUAAUAGAUAGAAAAGUGCCUUAGAAAAGUGUAUUCGGAAUAAAAGCACGUGCGCGCGCCCUAUUGGUUUGCAUGUAAACAAUGCCGAUAAACCGUUGUUGUUAAUACGAUUAAAAGACCGACAGUAGUGUGUGUGUGUGAGUGCGCGCCAGUUGUGAAUGUGAUUAAAGAAAGUCGGUGAAAGAUAGUACAAGUGAUACGAGAACCCCCCGGGACAAGACGCUUGUGCCCGCCAACCAACCUCCCCCGGUCUAUUGGUUUGUGUUUGGGUGGUUUUGUGGAGAGUCGCCUAGUUCAUCUCGCCCAAGAGGCACACACACGCCCACGGACUCACAGUCCCGUGACAACAAGUCGUCGAAUGAAUCAAUUGCACCACAACCAUCACAUCAUGAGCACGUACGGUGGCACGGUGGAAAACAGCGGCACCAACCAGCAGCAACAGCAGCAGCAGCAGCAGCAGCAACAACAACCAAACCAGCAACAGUCGACGCAAAGCAUCGCCGACUAUCUGGCCCAGCUGCUGAAGGACCGCAAACAGUUGGCCGCCUUCCCGAACGUGUUUCUGCACAUCGAGCGGCUGCUCGACGAGGAAAUCUCGAAGGUGCGCGCCUCCCUGUUCCACAUCAACGGCGUGACGAAGGAGCCGCUCCAGCUGCCCGACCCGGAAGGGGAAUCGGUCACGCUCAACGAGAAGGUGUACGUCCCGGUGAAGGAGUAUCCCGACUUUAACUUCGUCGGCCGCAUCCUGGGGCCGCGCGGCAUGACCGCCAAGCAGCUUGAGCAGGAGACGGGCUGCAAGAUCAUGGUGCGAGGGAAGGGCUCGAUGCGGGACAAGAAGAAGGAGGACGCGAACCGGGGCAAACCGAACUGGGAGCACCUGUCGGACGAUCUGCACGUGCUGAUCACGGUGGAGGACACGGAAAACCGGGCGACGAUCAAGCUGAAGCGCGCGCUCGACGAGGUGAAGAAGCUGCUCGUCCCGCACGCCGAGGGCGAGGACGAGCUGAAGAAGCGCCAGCUGAUGGAGCUGGCCAUCAUCAACGGCACGUACCGCGACUCGACCACCAAGGUCGCGCCCGCCGACAACACGUUCAGCUUCGACCCGCAACAGUACACGGACGACCGGUGGAAGAUGGCGGCGGCGGCGUCGGCCGCCGACCAGCGCAUGCUGACACAGGCGUCGCUCGCCGCCGCGGCCAAUCUGGCCGCCGCCAACCAGAUGGCGGGCCGGACCGCCCCGAACCCGCUCGGUGCGCCGAUCAUCCUGUCGCCCCGCAUCUCCGUCCCGACGACGGCCGCGAGCCUGAUACCGGGGUCGGGUCCGCCGCCCACGAUCGACCACACGACCGGGCUGAUCUACGCCUCCCCCUACACGGAUUACAGCUACGCGCUGGCGGCGGCCGGCAAUCCGCUGCUCACGGAGUACGCCGAUCACAGCGUAGGUGCAAUCAAAAAUCCACGAAGGCAAUAUGCGUCUCGCGAUCAUCCUUACUAAAACCCCCAACCACCACCACCAACAACAACACCACCACCACCACCACAACCAACAACAAACUUUUCUCCCCCCUUUUUAUAUUACCUCUUCUCACACACCCCUACUCCACGUUAAUAUAAAAAAGCAUCGCUAAAAACAACUAGAGCAAACAGAGAAAAAAAAAACAAAAACAAACAAUUCGAAUAAGUUGUGCUGUGUGUGUGCGUGUGUGUGUGUGUAUGUGUGCGCAAACACUUGGAAGGCCACAAAAAUGCAACUUUUUUUGCCAAACAAACAAAAAUUAUCGCAAAGCGCCCAAAAAAAACGAACGCCUUUAAGCCAACACAACGUGUGAAGCAAACACAGCGCAAAUCUUUUACUAUCACACACACCUACUCACCCCUUUGGCAAUCGUUAGAGAGAGAUUUAUAUAUACACCCACACUCACUCACACACAACCCUUAUAAAACCCGGGCGGUGGGGCAAUAAUUUAUCUAAUGACCAUUUAUCUAUAAAGCUACCUAUUUUUUUACUAUUAAUUUCAUGCUCACACCCACUUUCACCCUUUAAACGUUGUUGGAAAAACAACAGCAAAACAUGCGCGCAUACUUUUAUAUAUGUUUUUUAUAUAAUUUGUUGCUCCUAUAUCUUCUACACCCUUCUUCGUUACUUCGAAUAUUAAUAAUAUUCAUACAAUUAUUAAUAAUAAUUAAUAAUAACAUCGUCUAGAUCAUGUAUGCAUCAAUAAUAUCUAUAUAAAAUAAUCGCAUUAAUUGCAAAACAAACAAAAUAACGCCAAGGAAUGAUAAAGAUCUGCUACGGAAUGAGGUAAAAACAAAAGGAAACAAUAGCAAUCGUGUAGCUGCUCCUAAAACAAAACAAACAAACAGAAAAAAAAACAUUAUUGUGUUUGAUUAACGCCCAACAAAAAUGCGCUGAAUAUGUGUAAUCUUCUAUUAGUAGCAUUCAUCACCGACAACAACCACUUCCUUAUAUUCAUCUUUUCGAUCUGUUUGUUUAUUCAUUGUUUAAUCUCAUCUUUAAAGACUAGCAACACUCUGUUGCUAGUUGAGCGUAAAGGUUAAACAACAGAUACAAGUAAUAGUGCGAUACAUUUAAAUCUCUUCCUUUCUUUGUACUGUAACGCUUCCUUUUUGAACUUGAGGAAUAUAUCUCAUUUUCUCUUAUCUGUUAAUAUCAUCCCUCAUCCCUCAACACAUUUCUGUAACGCAAAAUAUUACAAAAACCUUGUACAACAACACAGAUCUGAGCGCGACAAACGUGCAAAUUAAUCCACUCACGUGUGAAAUGAUAAUGUGUGUGAAGAAAAGGGGACAUUAUAAUACGAUCGUAUAAUAAUUAUUAAACAUUGUAAAACGUAUUGUGUUAGCUAGCUAGCAGGUAGCACCCAGAGGAUUAUGUUUAGCUGUUUAUGGAAGGAUGGCGGGAAUGUGCGAAAUGUGAACACACACCACCACGCUGCGGCUCUUGUUUUGUUGCAUCAUUGUGCGCAAAUAACGAUAACCUUAAUACUAGUUUUUAAUUAUAAUAAUAAUACUGUUAACGAACAUUAAGUGUGCACUAAGCUAAACCUAAAAAGAGGAGGGGUGAACUGUGAAAUGUGGACAUCGGAUUGCAAGGAUUAAUUGCUCUAGCACUCUACACUACUACUACUACUACUACUACUACACCCAACUCUCAAUACACUACUACCAAACACCGAACUUCUUAACCAUUUUGACCGACCACUACUUCUAACAACUCCUACCAUUUACUCCGUUUUACUUACUGUUCCUAUUUGUUCCUUAUAUUUCCCCCUAUUUGGAGAGAGAAGAAGAAAAGAAAACCUCCCAAGCAGUACGUAAAAUAACGCUAUAAAAUUGCAAAUUACGAUGCAUUAUGGUCACAACACCAGCUAACAACGAACCCGUAACAACAAGCAAUCCUUUUGACAACAUGAAACGUUAUGUACUAAAAAAGGAUCGACCAUCUGUACUAAAAACAUGAGCAAUGGCUUAUCACACUCAUUCUACAGCACUUAACACACACUAAGGAAAGCCAAGUCGAACGUUUUCGUUCGUGGUAGCACCUCGAAUACACUCCUCACGUUGAAGGCAUCAUGUCGUGUAUGGGAAAACUGUUUUUGUAACUUUUUUGUGACACAAAACAAAAUCCGUGUCGUGCGCCGCAUCACCCCCUGCUCACUAAAAUGCUAAAAUCCCUUCAAUCUGUACCAUUCAUCUGAUUAACUUCUGGCAAAGCGCAAUCUCUCUCCUACUCUCUGUGCCUAUCUCUCUCUCUUAAAUUAUGCUUUCUUUAAUUUGUUACAUAGCUUUUUUUUACCACACACUGAUAACGACCGAUUAACCGAACCGAUAAUAUGUUGAAUCUAAUACACCUGGUAAUUGAAUAUUUCUUCCUUUGUUACUGUUCGUUAACAUGCACACACAGAGGAGAUCCUUCACUCGUGAAGUGAAGUGAACUAGUCGUUACGUUGUAAUGGAAUAUUUUAACCCUUUAAAAAUAAUCAAUCGUGAGCCUUCUGUUAUGCGGCUCCCCACCGUACGCUUUAUGAACGGCAUUUUUGUUGCGGUCUAGUGUAAUGUUAUGUUGUUACUUUCUUUCAGUUACGUUUCCAACGUGUGUUGUAAGCUGUACAACUUGUGUUUUUUAUACUUUUUUUUUUGUUUAAUUCUGUCUCUACUCCAAAUGUGCCAAAGUAUUAAAAAUCGAUCGUUCAAGAAAUGAGAGAGCAAGAGACAGAGAGUGCGAGAAGAUGGUUAAAGGGAGGAAAAAGACGGGACAUACUUCUUCGGGCAAGAAAAAGGCAGUUCAAAUCGGCUGUUUAAAAAUCAAAACCUUUUUAGUCUUCCGGAUAAACUCGCACACAAAACCAGACCCCAGAUCACCGUCGGAACUCUCUCCAACCGAUCCGAUCCGAUCUUCCGGCUCUCAGAUCAGUCUCUGCUUCCGGUCGUGGGACGUUUUGUUUCUAAUCCCACGGAUGUAUGUGUUUCUUUUGAUGCAUCGAGGAAGUGUGUAGGGAAAGGGAAAAUGGAAGGAAAAAGAGAACAUAUAAUACUCAUCAAUGUUGUGUUGUGUUGUGUGCAGCAAAGGGACCAUCUUUUGGGGUUUUCCUUCAUACAUCAAAGUGUCCUGUACAGCAGAGAAGAUCAUCAGAGAGGGAAGAGGGAAUGUGCUCUGUAACCGGGGAGAUUAAUCGGAUGAAUGGUUCAAUUGAUGAUACACAGCGUACACCCAGCAACAAGUAUAUGCAAACAAAGGGCGGUGCCAGCUUCUUGCUCGAUUAGGAGAGGAAAUUAACACACGAGCGUGGCGAUGCGUACAACGUGCAGAAGUAUGACCGAAAAAGAAAAGAAUCUGUGGUGCAAAACAAACGACUGCAUUGGAAUUUGCAUUGCAUGUCGUCUUUCCGUUUUUUAAAUAGUGCUCGAGAACUAUCUGCAAUUCAUACAUGUGUAAAGUUACAUCAACCCUCCAAUACACAAACACAACACCGCACCACACACUCGAAAAGAUCUGCCUGAAAGCAACUCAUUCAGCUACAAGAGAUCGAAUGCAUUUUGAGAACGCAUAAUUUGUGGUGCCAUCGCAACGACCGUGUGCGCAGCAGUGUGUGUUUCGUAAAGCAAUACAAAAUAGUGUAGCAAAAAUGGCUUGCGGCGGAAAUCAGGCACAACCGAAUGCAUAAGAGAAUCAUUUAUAUUUUAUUAAACAAAAAAAAGUGCUUCCCCUGUUAAAUCGAAAGUCGAUUUUGCAAUUUUUACUUUGCGCUGAGAAAAGAGAGGGAUUUACAGGAAGGAACAUACAAGGAAACCAAGUUUCCGGACAAAAUCAAACGCUUCCCAGUCCCGUUUAGUAUCUUUUUUUCUCUCAUGAGAGAUUUUUAUUGCGCAAAAAAGUUUAUCGCACACAAAAUAAUUAUAACUUUGUGCGAUAUUUACCAAUAAAAACACACACACUACUACCCUUCAAUAUAAUAUAUAUGCCUUUUGUGCAGUUGUGUACACUGGCACGAUUUUACCCAAGGUGGCAAUAUCUAUAUACCUUUAUGGAAGGGAAUAUUACUUCAAUAUUAUAUAAAUUAAUCUAUUAUUAGUUUGUAUUGUGUGCCGAGUGUGUGUGUUUUUUGCUAUUUUAAAACAAUUUAAAGUAAUCUCAUUUGAAGAAUCGUCAGUGUGACUUGAGGAAGGUUCGAACAAGAGAAGUUCAGAAUGUAUUGUAAAGCGGAGAAAAUAGAAAAUCAUAUAGAAUGAUUUUUUUUUAUAUAUCGUGAAAUCUCUUUUACACAACCCUCCGUGUCGUAGCUAAGCUUAUAGUUGUUUUUUUAUUAUUAUUACUUAUAAUACUAAUUUUAACCGUAGCCCUUAACACACCAACACUUACUCUACUCUGUUCUACACAAUGUGCAUUGUAUGUGCCUUUUGCCUGACUAUCGUGUAUUGAUCGUUUCUUGUAUGGAAUGACCAAAACUAAACAGUAAAGCAAAAUAGUUAGUAGCAAGCCCUAAUUGCGGUAUCUUAGCAGAUAUAACAAUGAAAUGUAAAAUCAAAAUGAAAUUAAAAACAUAAAACAAUAACGAAACAAUAUUAACUAACUAGAUAUGUAAGAACAGAAACACACAGAGAAAUGCAAUUAAUUAUGAAACAUACUGGAACUGGUUGGAUUUUACAUCGAGGCAAGAAAAAUGCAAAACACAAACAACCUAUAAACCACUAAAACAAAAGUAUAUAAUUCUUACAGCAUAUUGUAGUGGAAUGUUAAAACCAAUUAGAAUGUGGUAUAAAAAGGGCAAUGAAAAGCAAUCAGAAUAACUCCAUGUUACUGCAAUAUUAGCAACGAAUGACAAAACUCACCGUUAACAAACGAUAAUCAAGUCCGAUGUGUAACAAGUAAUGUGCCCGAGUGAAUAUGGCUGCAACUCCAAUUGGACAUUCAUUUACAUUCUCUAAGAAAUUAUACAAAUUAGGCAAUAACUACUACCGUAUCUUGUGGAUGAUGGACAAUUGAAAAAUAACCUUGCUAAACACACACACACACAAAACAAACGAAUUAAAUAUGUUAACAAAAUCUCACUGACCACGCAACUUAUAAACAAAAAAUAUAACACCAAUCUAUCUGUUGCAAUAGCGAUAAUGGUAUGGACAUGGACGAGGAGGAUGUUCUACUGGAACCUUAUGUGAAAUAUGUGCCUUCUAACCGGUCGGUGGUGUGUAUGAACAUGGAUAUUAAUUAAUAUUCGCUUCUAAUAACCUAUGUGCAAAAACAGCAGGUGCAGCAGCAGCGGCAGCAGUGGCAAUGAAAAUGCAGAAUAAUAUGCUAGAGUUUUAUAACCACUACUAUAUUUCUUCUUCUCUCUACCCUCUUUUCUCACUCACACUCAUUCUGCUCUGGUAUAACACAUACAACAAGGAUGUAAGGUGUGCGUGUUGUAAAGCCGACAGCAAGAAAUAAUGAAACAUUUUAAUAAAGCUUAAUAAUUGCA